AUGCAUCCCGUUAGUCUCGCGGGUUCUGUCAGUACGUCAGAAACAGCGCGAUCGUUCCUCGCGACGCCACGACCCUCGCAAGGCCCUCGCCGCCGCAAUGCCUCCAAUUCCUCUUCGCAAAGUCACAUUACGUCGCACAGCGCCGUCGAUCGUCGCUUAAACUCGCAGAGCGCUCGUACCGCAUUCCCAUCUGCAGCAACACUCACAUCAGCACCAGUACCGAACUCUCGAUCCACUCGUCCACGUCAGCACGUCGCCGUGCGUGCAGCUGCUGACGGCGAUGGCGGAGUCGAUUAUUCAGCCUCUGCCGAGGCGGUCGACGUGGCGGCGGAACCAGCCAGCUCGACUUCCCAAGGAACACCCGUCGCUGAGCCCAAGGCGCGCACCAAAACAUCCACUAGCAGUAGCAGCAGCGGCGGAGGAAGCAGCGGCAGCGGGGGGUCAUCGGCGCUGGAUAAGCUCCGCGAGCUGCUGCGCGCGGCGGAGGCGGAGCUGGAAAAGGCGCGGGCGCGGACCGUAGAGACAGAGGAGGAGGCGCGCAGAGUGGCGGAACGCGCCAUAGAGAUCUCCGACGCCGCAGCUAAGGCGGAAGUCGCCGCGGAUGCCGCGAUGGCGCAGGUGGAGGCGGAGCUGGCGGAGGAGGCGUCGGCGCAGGAUGCGCUGCGGCAGGCCGAGGCGGCAUUUAACGAGCAGGCGGAGGUGCUGGUCGCAGCGGAGGCGCAACAACAGGCGGUGGAAGCGGGGAUGGCGGGGAUGGCGGAGCAAGGGGUUCCGGAGGGGGGAAGCUUGCGCUCAGGCGUGGUUAACUUGGUGCAGGAGGUGCGGGAGGAGCUUGCGCGGCGGGAGGCGGAGUUGAGGGCGCGGGCGGAGGCAGCCGCGCAAGCGACUGGAAGGCGCGUGAGGGCGCAGGAGGAGGCGUCCGCGCUGGUGGCAGCGGCGGGGGAGGCAAGGGCGCGCGCGGGGCAGGCGGAGGAGGAGGUGGGGGAGCGCAUGGGCGUGGCGGAGAGGGCGGUGGCGUUCGAGCUGGAGGCGAGCCAGAGCGUGGCGGAGGCCGCCAAGGCGCUGGCGAGGGCGGAGAAACUGGUUACUGAUAUCGCCAAGGCGGAGGCGGAGGCGGCCAAGCUAGCGGCGGAGAAGGCGGCGCUGCUGGCGAGCGAGGUGGCGGGGGUGUCAGCCGCGGUGCGCGCCACUGUGAAGGGCGGACGCGCCGCUGCUGGCAUGCCCACCACCGACUCUGACAGCGAAUCUGAUAAGGACUCAGAUAAGGAGGCUGGUAGGGACUCUGAGAAGGUCUUGGUUGGUGGCGCGAGUAGUGAGUUGGAUAGGACGCCUGAUUGGGAAGGCGAGAGCGUGAAGGAAAAGGAGGCGAGGGGGGAUGUAAGAGGGGUUGUUGCAGAGGCGGUGGGGAAGGCAGAGGAUAAGGGGAAGAAGGGGGUGAAGGCUGGAGCGGAGGAAGCAGCAGGGAAGGAGCGGGGGGAUGGGCGAAGUGCGGCGGUCGAUGAGGGAGGGAAGGACGUGCGGAAGGAUGGGGUGAAGAAUGGUUUGAAAGAGAAGGAGACGAAGGGAAGAGGGGAGGUUGAUCUGGCAUCUAGCGCCCCUGCAGACACUGCUGCUGGAGAUGUGAUGAAGGGUGAUACGGAGAAGGUGGGAGCUGGGGAGGAGGAACUUACUGCUGUUGCCGCGUCAGCAGCAGCAGUUCCGGGGACAGAUGAAGCUGCUGCCACUCCUCCUGCUGCCCCCUCCUCCACCCCCUCUUCCAAGUCACCCUCCUCCUCCUCCUCCACUUCCUCCACCUCAUCCACCAAGAAGUCAUCGCAGUUCUUCUCAGCGUCAUUCUUCUCAGCGGACGGCCAUGAGGUGCAGGAUGCACUCAAGUGGGUGCGAUCGGCCAUGCCACCGCUGCUGCAACACCUGCCGAAAGUGCUGUUCGCGCUCACCGUGCUGCUACUCGGUGGCGUUGCGCUCAAGGCGCGCAUGGCGCACAAGGCAGGGGGGCACGCGCCCCCCGCCACAGUCGUACAGAUGGACGUCGUGCAGGGAAGGGGACUGGCCGGGGCUGCAGGGGACGCUGCCACGUUCCAAGUAGCUGAGUCUGCAGUGGGGGCGGUGGGGCAGCAGCAGCAGCAGCAGGUGCAGGAGCCGGUGGGUGGGGGUAACCCGGUGGUGUCGGCAGUGCAGGCGGUGGUGGGGCGAGCCAAGGCGCUCAUUGACAAACUGCCCCGACACGAGCCGAAUGAGGAGGAGACACAGCUGUUUGACGUGUUGUGGCUGCUGCUCGCCAGUGUCGUCUUCGUCCCCAUCUUCCAGAAGCUUCCCGGAGGCAGCCCUGUGCUGGGCUACUUGGCAGCAGGGGCGCUCAUCGGCCCAUACGCACUCUCCAUCAUAAAGCACGUGCACGGCACCAAGGCGCUAGCAGAGUUUGGCGUGGUCUUCCUCAUGUUCAACAUCGGCCUCGAGCUAUCCCUGGAGCGCCUUCGCUCCAUGCGCAAAUACGUCUUUGGGCUCGGCUCCGCUCAGGUGCUGGUGUCAGCGCUGGCGAUAGGGCUGUGUGUGCUGGCACUGGCGCGUGUGUCGGGCCCAGCAGCCAUUGUCAUUGGCAACGGCCUUGCCCUCUCCUCCACCGCCGUUGUCCUCCAGGUGUUGCAAGAGCGGGGGGAGAGCACAUCCCGCCAUGGCCGGGCCACCUUCUCCGUGCUGCUCUUCCAGGAUCUAGCAGUGGUGGUUCUGCUCAUCCUCAUUCCGCUUCUCUCGCCCACCUCGUCCCGAGGGGGAGUGGGAUUCAGCGCAAUAGCGGAGGCGCUGGGGGUGGCGGCAGUGAAGGCUGUCGUCGCCAUUGCCGGCAUCAUUGCGGGCGGCCGACUGUUGCUGCGCCCCAUAUAUCGGAGCAUGGCGGAGAAUCACAACGCGGAGAUCUUUGCCGCCAACACGCUGCUCGUGGUGCUCGGCACAUCCGUGCUCACUGCCCGGGCGGGGCUGUCCAUGGCACUGGGAGCGUUUCUGGCGGGCCUGCUGCUCUCAGAGACGGAAUUCGCCCUGCAGGUGGAGUCAGACAUCAACCCCUACCGUGGGCUGCUGCUGGGGCUCUUCUUCAUGACUGUGGGCAUGUCGAUCGAUCCCAAGCUGCUCGUGGCGCGUUUUCCCCUCAUCCUGGCAGCCCUCGCGGUGCUUAUUGCGGGCAAGACCGCACUUCUGGCGGGCAUGGGGCGUCUCUUCGGCCUCUCACCCGUGGCUGCUGUGCGCACGGGCCUGCUGCUCGCCCCUGGAGGGGAGUUUGCAUUUGUUGCAUUCGGGGAGGCUGUCAGCAAGGGCAUCAUGAGCGCCCAACUCUGUUCGCUGCUGUUCAUAGUGGUGGGGCUGAGCAUGGCCAUCACGCCAUGGCUGGCAGCAGUGGGGCAGCUUAUCGCCUCGCGCUUUGACCAGCAGGACGUGCGCUCACUGCAGCCACACGAGGCCGAGACGGACGAUCUGCAGGGUCACAUCAUCAUCUGCGGCUUCGGCCGCGUGGGUCAGAUAAUAGGCCAGCUGCUAUCGGAGCGGCUCAUCCCCUUUGUGGCGCUGGACGUCAGCAGCGAGCGGGUCAGCGCCGGGCGCUCUCUCGACCUCCCCGUCUACUUUGGUGACGCUGGCAGCCGCGACGUGUUGCACAAGGUGGGGGCGGAGCGGGCAGCAGCAGCAGUGAUCACUCUCGACACGCCAGGAGCCAACUAUCGCGCGGUGUGGGCGCUCAGCAAGAGCUUUCCGCACGUCAAGACGUUUGUGAGAGCGCACGACGUCACCCAUGGGAUCAACCUGGAGAAGGCCGGGGCUACUGCUGUUGUUCCUGAGACGCUCGAACCCAGCCUGCAGCUUGCUGCUGCUGUGCUCUCUCAGGCGAAGCUGCCAGCAGCAGAGAUAGCCGCCACGCUGGACGACUUCAGAACGCGACACCUGGCAGAGCUGACUGAGCUCUCUGCAUUGAGUGGGUCAUCGCUGGGCUAUGGCUAUAGCAGCAACCUCAUGCGCGCGAGAGUCGCCGAGGCAGCAAGCGCAGCCGGAGUAGAUUGUCCGAACGUCCCGCCGCGAGGGCUGUUACGUGGUAGCGGUGUUCGCUCUUCCCGCUCGCAUGGCGGGCCUAAACCUUCUCGGCCUCUCCCGCGGCUCCGGCAGACGUCCCUCCGUGAGUCGCGCACGUCUCGAUCCCCACUCACCCUCGUUCUCUCCUGCCCUCCCGCUUGCUUUCCUCCCUUCGUGCAUCUUCCCCUCCUCUCCGCUCCGCGCGACUCUCCUCCGCGGCACGCGCUCGUUACCCUCGUCGCGCCAUUCUUCGUUCCGCGCCCCUCCGCGCAAGCCGCAUCUCCCCCUUCCGCCAAUACCGCUCAACGCUCUCUUCCCCCCUCUCCCCCAAUCUCCCCUCAUGCUCUCUCCCCUCCCCUCCCCUCUUCCGCGCCCUCCCGCACAUCAGGCGCGGAGGCGCAAGGCAGGCGCGCGGGAGGGCGGGGUGGUGCUGCCGGUGCGCGCGCUGCUGCUGCUGUGCGCCGCGUGCCUGGCGCUCGUGCUGCUCGCCGUGCUCGCUGUGGUGCUCUGGGUUGCCUCACUCUCAUGGCGGCAUCAGCACAUGAAGGUCAUGAGUGUGGGCCUUAUGAGUGGAGAGCACUCGAGGCACUCUUAUUGAUUCAUUUCGUGCUCUCUUUGCCUUCCCUCUCCUCCUGUGUUGCAGCUGCUCCUCCUGCAUCCCCUCCUCCUCCGCCCAAGUCCGCCCGCAAGCGGCGCAAAGCCAAGCCAACGGACCUGAUAAACCAGCGGCGGUGGCAGCAGUUCUACCGCAACAUAGUCCUCAUCGUGAACUACAAGCGCCCGCAGCAGAUGCCCGUCACGCUCGACCUCAUCCACUCGCUCUACGGCUCGCUCUUCCAACGCAUCCUCGCUGUCUCUGAGUUCGGCGAUGCGGAUUUGGGUGUGCUCGAGUCGCCUGUGAAGGAGACGGGGCACGGCCACGACUUGCCGCCCGGGUCAUUGCACUACACUGUGCUGCCGAAGCUGCUGACGUGGCACCCCAUGGCGGAGGGCUUCCUGUGGAUGGACGAUGACACGGUGCUCAACUACUGGACCAUGAGCCGUGAUAACAAGUCGCGCAUCUGGUUCCUGGGCCCCAUGCACCAGUCGUGGCGCAUUGCAAGCCUGGACCCCACUGGGGGCGUGGCGGGGGGAUGGGGAGGGCAGGGGGGAGGGGAGGGGAGGGAGGCGGCAGCAGUGAGGUACAUGGAGGAUGCGAGUGAGCGCGUGGAGGAGAGUGGGGAGGCGCUACAGCUUCUCAAGCAAGCAGUUUCCCAGGCGCUCUCCCACCUCCCCCCACAGCACCUGCAGCAGUACUACCAGUCCAUCUCCCCCAAGACAAACAUCUUCCUGCGAGCGGCGUCGGACGUCUUUUAUAUCCCGCAGCGCCAUGCAGCUGCCAUGCGCACCCUCAUCCCCAUCUUUGCCGACCAUCGCAUCGUGGCUGAUGUGGCAAUACCAAUGAUGCUGCAUGCAUUGGAGCAUCCACGAGAGUGGGACAAUCACGCAUUAACUGACGUUAUUUAUCUCACAGGAACAGACGUUAAUACGCCUGCUAAAUUCUACUCGCCCCGUGUCACGGCCAUGCAUCCAUGGGGUCUGUCAGCACACCACCAUGGCUCCCACAUCAUCAAGGCAAUGUCGCGGGGGGACCCGAUGCUAGAAUCCACGAUAGAUGGAGAAAGGACGAACAAGUCGCUUGGCGCGUUUGUGAACGGCGCGCUCGCGCUCGUCGGCUUGUGUCUCAUUGGCGUCGCGCUGUGGAUGCUGAUCGACGCCACGUACGGCGCGUGCCUGCUGCCCUACCAACUCCCCGUCAUCGUCAUCGGCGCCGCGCUGCUGCUCGCGGCGCUCGUCGGCUUCUGCGGGCUCGCGUGCGACUCGAACGCGCUGUCAUGCCUCUACCUCGUCGUCGCGCUCCUCGCCGUGCUCGCGUCCACGGCAUUCACCAUCUUCGCUUUCCUUGUAACGGGCGGGGCGCCGGCGCCAAUAACGAGUCGCAACCAGACGGUGUACAUCACGUGGGGCUUCUCGCCGUGGAUGCAGGCGCAAGUCGGCAACGCCACGUGGCCAGCAAUGCAGACGUGCCUCGCGCGCCGCCGCACGUGCGCGGACCUUCGUCUAUACGCCCCCGCUGUGCUCAACGGAACGCUGCUCCCGCCCAUCGAGACGCUGUGCUACACGUGCGAGUACUGCAAGGGCGGCUUCCUGCACCUGCUGCACGCGCAGUACUCGCUGCUCAAGUUCGUCGCGCUAGGCGCGUCCAUCGCGCUCCUCGUGCUCUACCUCAUGGCGUGCUGCGCUGCCUUCACAGGCCUGGACGAUGACCCUGACUCCAAAGAAAAUGCUGAUAUCGCCGCUGCUGCUGCUGCUGCUGCUGCCGCGGCUGCUGUUACAAGUGGUAAGCUGCAGAAGAGCGGGACUAUGAGCCGAGUGAACACCUUCACCGUGGCCCCGGGGCAGUUUGAGCGGGUUCUGUCGGCCAGGGUAUGCGACCAAGGGGUUGGGAUGGGGCCAGCGGGAGGCAUGGGAGCAGCAGCAGUGACGCAGUUUGAGCGGUCGUUGACGCAUGUGGAUAAGUCACCAGGGGCACUGGAUCGGUCUCUCACGGAGGUUGAGAAGAGAGGGGGUAGACGGGCGAGUUAUGCGGGUGAAACAAGGAUGCGCGAGGACAUGCGAAGCCGAGGUAGCUCCAUCGAAGACUCUCCGAGUUUCCGCGGCUAUGCAGAUGAUGCACCACCGAAGGCGGGAAAGGGCGCGGAUAGACGUGAGGAGGCGCGGAAAGGCGCGAUGGGGAGGCGGAAGAAGGAGAGCGCGACUCUGAGCGCCGCGUUCCACACGUGCGAGUUCGGCCUCGCUCUCGGCGUCAUUGCCGCCGCGCUGUGGGCCAUGAUGAGCACGCCAGCGAGCCUGUGUCUAACGAUCUACCAGACGCCCAUGCUGGUGGGGGGCGGGGUGCUGCUACUAGCGGCACUGGUGGGGCUACAGGGGUUAGCGUGCGGCCAUGGCGGGCUCAAAUGCCUGCACGUCUUCUUCGCUAUUCUCGCUCUCCUCGCCCUCCUCGCCUUCUCCAUCUUUGCGUUUGUGGUGACAGCAGGAGGUGCAGCAAGCAGCAGUCGCGGCCAGACGGUUUAUGAGCCAGCAGGCUUCUCCGCGUGGAUGCAGCAGCAGCUGGGCUCCUGGUCCUCGUUACAAGCAUGCCUCGCUAACACCGUGCACGUCUGCUCCGACCUCCGCAUGUACACCCGCGACAAGCUGCAAGGGAAGCAGAUCUCGCCUCUAGAGGCUGGUUGCUGCCUACCUCCCGAGGGCUGUGCAGUGAACCUCCCUCAGAACACCAUCUACUCCUUCGCCUUCGCCGUCCCCACCACCCCCACCGUCACCACGCCCGCCAACCCAACCUCGCCCUCCAACUGCAACGCCUUCAGCAUCGACCCCUCAACCCUCUGCUACAGCUGCUCGCUCUGCCAGGGGGGCCUGCUAGCCCUUCUCCAGAGCAACCUCAAGGUGCAGGCAUAUGUGAGCAUGGCCGCGGCGGGGAUGCUGCUGCUGCUGGGUCUCGCCAUGUGCUGCGCCGCGUGCAACGGCGCCGAGCCUGAGGGGUUGAGUGAGUCAGAUGGGAUUGCGCUGGCCCGCGCACCCACGUUUGUGAUGGUGGAUCCGACUCUCGAAAGGACUCUGUCCCGGGUGAACACAGGAGUCGGGGGAGCAGGGGGUGCGAGCUACAAGCGGACCAACACCAUGGCUAGUGCUGCCGGGGGCGGGGGGGCGCGGUUUGAGCGCUCGCUGAGCCGUAAAGGGGGAGAAAAAGGCCCGCAGAAUGGGCCGGGGAGUGCGAGCUUCCAGCGCAGCUUGACUUUCCAGAGCAUGGCGAGCGCUGAGUACAAGCGACAGAUGAGCAUGGCUGGUGGGAAUGGGAAUGGGAAUGUGGGGUAUGCAGGGGGAGGAGAGGAGGAAUGGGAGGUUCGGGAUGUGGAGGACAGGUACGAGGAUGAGGGGGGUGAUAGGCGGACGUACAAUCGGCAGCGGAGCAAUGUGGGUGGGGAGAGAGCGUAUGAGGAGGAGAGGGAGGAGGAGUAUGAUGAGCAGAGGAAUUCGAGGCAGAGGAGUCGGGCGCGGCAGAGCAAUAGGUCGGUGGGAGGGGAGGAGGACGAUGACAGAUUGGUUCCGUCGGUGCUGCUGGUGGCGGCGGUGGUGGGGCUGGUGGGGCUCGCGUGCGACCACGGCGGGCUCGGCUGCCUGCACCUCCUGCUCGCCGUCGCCGGCCUCCUCGCGCUCAUCGGCUACACCAUCUUUGCGUUCGUGGUGACGACGGGCGGCGCGGUGGAGAAGAGCCGCGGGCAGACGGUGUACGCGCCGGCGACCUUCUCGUCGUGGAUGCAGCAGCAGGUGUGGAACGACGCCACGUGGAGCGCGCUGCAGACGUGCCUCAAGAACAUCCACACGUGCAGCGACCUGCGCGACUACACGCCCGCGUACCUGCAGGGGAAGCAGCUCUCCCCGCUCGAGGCGGGGUGCUGCAUGCCUCCGGAGAACUGCUUCGUGAACUCCUCGCUGCCCACCUUCUUCUCCUUCGCCUUUGACCUGCCCACCGACAACGCCCCACCCAUCACCACCAAUCCCCCCGCCGCCGCCGCUCCCCCGCGCGACCCGCGCAACUGCAGCGCAUUCAGCCUGGAGUCCAACCAGCUGUGCUACAGCUGCGAGUACUGCAAGGGCGGCGUGCUGCAACAGCUUAAAUCGGAUCUGCUUGUAGAGGCGUACUUCGGUGUGGGGAUAGCGAGCACGAUGGUGCUAGUGGCCAUGGUCAUGUGCUGCACUCAGUUCGGUAGAGGCGGGCGCAACGACGACAAGAGGAGGUUGCUGGACGACCGGGGUGUGAGCAUGAGCCGCACUGCCAGCUUCCAGGGAGGGCCGCACCUCAACCGAGUGAACACAUACCAGAGUCAGGGCGGGCCUCAGUUCAACCGAGUCAACACGUAUCAAAGCCAGGGCACACCGGAUCUCAACCGAGUCAACACCUACCAGAGCUACGGUGGGGAGGCGGAUCUUCAGCGGGCAAACACGUACCAGAGUGGUAGGGAUGGGUUCAGCCGCCCAAUGUCGCAGCAGGGGAAGCGCCCGGUGAGUCAGCACCAGGGGUAUGGGCGGAUCGGCGACAUGCCAUCGCCGCGUGACAGCGAGUUUGGAAUGGACGAACCGGAUCUCUCAAGGAACAGGACCUGGAGCGCCAUCGUGUUGUUGUCCAUAGUCCUCAUCGGUACAGGGAUAUGGAUGACCACCAAAGCCGGCGCGACGGAGUGCGUGCAGUUCCUUCGAAUCCCGCUGAUCGUCGUCGGAAGCGUGCUGUGCGCCGUGGCUCUCGCCGGGUUCAUCGGCGCCGUCAACGACAUCGCAUGGCUGCUCUUCAUCUACCUCGCUGUAGUCUUCAUCGCUAUAUGGGUGCUCCUCGGAAUCACAGUGUUCGCGUUCAUCGUGACGAAUCAGGCGGUGGCGGACGCGGUAUCGAACAAGGGCGUAGGGUCGUGGAAGACGACGGACUUCUCCACUUGGCUGCAGAACCAGGUCACGGAGCAGUCCAAGUGGGCGCCCAUCCAGGCGUGCCUCGCGGCCGGCAACACGUGCGGCGUACUCAGCCAGACCAACACGUCCGCGUCCCCCUCGCUCUCUGAUAUUCAGGCCGGUUGCUGCUAUCCCCCCCAGUCCUGCCCCUCGGCGCCCCUCUCCGCCAGCUCGCGCGCAGCCGUCCCCGCCAACACUUCUGAUGCCGCCGCAGCCGCAGCCGCCGCGCUCGCGUCCGCAGUCAACUCGACGAUUGCAACCGGCCGCGUCACGGGCGACUGCCUGGUGUACGGCAGCGAGCCGACGAAGCUGUGCUACGGGUGCGAGACGUGCAAGGCGGCCUUUCUCAAGACGCUGCGCGACCAGUGGCGCAUGGUGGCGUUUGUGUGCCUGGGCGUGUCGCUGCUGCUGCUUGUUGUGUACAUUGUUGGGUGCUGUGCGUACCGCAGCGCCAAGAGACGGGAAGGGUUCUUUGGGAAGGUGUAA